CCACUAGGAUCGAAAUGCAGACAAAUUGAUUCUGAAAUCCUACUACCUAACACACGCGCGACAAAAAAAGAAAAAUCUAAGGAUAAGCCUUUAUUUCGUAUACAGACUUCGGUCGUAUCUAAACACGCGCAGCAUAAGCCACGAGGAGUUCGUUAUUCAGAAACUGAACUUGAUGUCGCUUCAUAUGAAUUCUUGACCGGCGGAAAGAGCAACUAUAAAGUUAGAAAGGAAAAUAUAAGUUUGCCCAGCAUCACCACCAUCAAAAGGCACGUAAAGAAACAUACCACAAGCACCCAAGAGGGUGUUUUGAUGAUCGAUAACUUACUAAACUACAUCGAAACUAACAACAACCCCAAAAAUGUUAUCUUAAGUGAAGAUGGAACAACGGUAUCGCCCAAUCCCGAAUAUGACCCUCGUUGUGACUCCAUUCGUGGCUUAGUUGCUCCGAUUGAUGAGAACGGAAUGCCUAAGCAAAAUUGUUUUAAAGCCGAUUCAGUUGAAAAUUUUGUUAACGACUUGGAUCAUUACGCGGUUGGAAACUAUCACUAUAUCAUUCUUGCAACGCCUAUGGCAGCCGGCGCUUCUCCGGUUUGUAUAUUUUACAUGUGCAGCGAUAAUAAAUUUAAACAUCAGACUUUUUUGAAACGAUGGAAGGUUAUCAAGGAGCAAUUAGCGAUAGUCGGAAUCGUUGUGAUCGGUUAUUCAUCGAAUGGAGACCCACGGCUGCUUACUGCCAUGACAAAAGAUGCCCAGUUUUUGAAUUCCACUUCUUCUAUAUUUGGACCGUACUUCAACAUAAUCAUAGAAAAUACUCCUGUGUCAUUUCAAGACUUUAUUCACCUUGUGAACAAAAUGCGCCACUCUUUAUUGAACCCCAACAAAACGAUGAAACUCGGCAAUUUUGAUAUCUCUUCAGCGUUUCUAAUUCAAAUGCUGGAAAUUGGACACAAAGCUAUACAUAAACUGAAUCCUUCUGAUUUAAACCAUGCCGAUAAAAUGAAAUUUGACCCUUCUGUUAAGCUGAUGAAAUUGAACCUUAUUAAUCAUUUAAAGGACACUGUCGAAGGAAGCGAUGGUGUAGUUGUUUACCUCCAGCUCAUGCGCCUUAUAUACUUAACUUUUAAUGAGAUUAACAUGGAACCCCUGAAACGCGUUGAAUGUAUUUGGACCGCCUUAUUUUUUGUCCGUGCAUGGCGAUGGAAAUGCUUGAAAGAGAGCAAUACUAUAAAGAAUUGUGUAACCGCUAACAUUUAUACAUCACUGGAACUAAACGCACACGGAAUUGUCAAAUAUAUGGUGAUGUGUCGAGAUCAAGAAGUACCAGAGGAGUUCAUAGUUCCUCAUCUCAAUAGCCAAUAUUGCGAAAUGGCCUUUCGAGAGCUCCGCUCGUUAACAACUGUUAACCACACCGCGGUGAACUUUACGAUAAAGCAGGUGGAGCAACGAAUGCGCACAGUUCAAAUGAAAUUGUUCAUCGCUCAUCGCAACAAACUGGAAAUAGCUUUUCCGAGCCUGAGGAAAGAAGAACAGAAAGCCCUUGAUACUGAGACGUUUGCCCUACCUAGCGAUAGUGAAAUUGCUACCGCUAUCGACAAAGCACAGCAAAAAGCUUUGGAUCUGCUACGGAGUAUCGGCUGCGCUGUUGAAGAACUGAAUUUCACCAACAGUAUUCGUAUUCCAGAUCCUGAUAUUCAAUUCGAGUUUGUUUCCGUUCAAUGUGAUGAUGUCGAAGAUAAUAAUUUGAACAAUGCUUCAGAAGACGAGCAGUUUGUAGAAGAAAGCGAGAAAAUUUUUGGCUUAGUAGGGGGGUGAAAUUAUUCUUAAAAACUGCUCAACUUCUGCUGAUAAGAACGUGUUCCGUAUAAGAGGAGCCAACAGAAAGAUCGUUAAUGUCAAAAAGUCAACCUUGCUUUGGCUAUUAACGUCUGGACGAUUCAAACGGUCUAAUGACCGAAUGCGACGUUUCUAUACUACAAGACUUCCGGCAGGCUCGUGCAUAAGAAACAAUAAUGUGUUACAUAUGUGUUAAUAAACAUCGCUUAUUUGGAGAAAAUCCAUUGUUUUAUUCAUGAAGUAUGAAAACAGAAAAAAAUAAAAAAACAGUUAGUUUAAGAGCAACCACACUUUCAAAAACGUCUUAUUAAACCUUUUUGAGGAGAUUUAAAGAUAAUUCUGCGGAAGUGUCAAAAACAUGGAAGCAAAAGUUGUGUUCUGAAAGGUGGUCCGCGGAAAAAUCGAUUUUAAGCCCCGGAAAAGGGCAGGAAAGUGAGCAAGAAGCAGCCGUGGCUGACUGGUUACGAUUUUCGCUUUGUAAGCGAAUGAUUCUGGGUUCGAUUCCCAUCUGCUCCCAACGAAAAAAUUAAAGAAAUAUGAAUUUACGAAACUCUAAACAUGAAUGAAAAAUCAAAGUCGCUCGAACUGGGGAUCGAUUCUCCGUCCUUUGGAUUGGUUGGUAGAAUUAGGAAUACUAUUACUACAAACUAUAUUCGCGCUGGGCCUUUGUCCAUUUGACAAGGGCUCGGAAGUUCUAAAUAACGUUUGAAUCCGAUUGAUGCAAACGUUCUUCAGAGCGGAGUUUGUCGAUUCAAGCUGAGGUACCUCGCGCAUGGCUAGCCUGCGUAGAAAUGGAUCACCGA